ACACUCCGCGCGGUAAAGUCGUCUCGGUAGGACUCCCUGAGUUUAGUCGGCUCGUGGAAGUGGACUUGGCAGGUUCUCGUCCUCGUCGUGAGCUUUGCAGUACCUCGCCUUGUCCAGAUCCAGAUCCAGAUCCAGAUCCAGAUCCAGAUCGAGAUCGCGAUCGGCAUUGGGACCCUCAAAGUUAUUACACGCGUGUAUAGUCAAUAUACAUACGCGCAUAUAUAUAUAUAUAUAUAUAUAUAUAUAUAUAUAUAUAUAUAUAUAUAUAUGUAUGAAAAGAAAUAUAUAUAUAUAUACGCUUCGGGCAAGGGUCAUUCUAAUUUUCACCAUAAAAAUUAAUUACCAUGUUCGGUCGCUGUUCGGAUUUUCAAAUCAUAACACUCAAUCGAAUUGCAGAUACUACUUACGCUCGUUCUAUCUCGGUAAACGGACUCUGUGAUGUUUGUGAAAUUAUUCUAGUGUCUAUGAUGUGAAUACCGUGCAGGGAUUUACUUACGCGAAGGUGUAAUACGACGUAUACGAGGACUCGAGCAAGGUGUGCGAAAAGAAUUGAUCGACACUCCGAGAGUCGAGGAUUCGGACCGAUUUCGGCGUGUAGCUUAACAGAGUUAUACUCUUUAAAUUGGGUUUCGUUAUUCGGUUGGUAAGAAAUCAUAAAUCCAAGAUUCCGGAAAAAGUAGAAGUCAAAUCUGGAUCAACAAGUCGAAGCCACCGUCGAAAAUGUCGAACUCUACUAUCACGGUGCGAGUGUACGCCUUUAACCAUUUUUGGCAAGGCUGAUACACUUAAAAUCGUUGUUAGUGGUACAAAAAAAUCAUUGCGAAAAGUCACACCGUAUUCUAAGAUUAAGAUUAUUCGAACAGCGAGAAUUUUUCGAACGUUUUCGUUCUAGUUGCUUCCCUUUUGGACGCUCUCCAAUUCUCGCUGCACUGUCGUAGAUGUAUUCGAAACAAAGCUUUGAACAUCAAAUCCACCCGAUAUUACACUGCCAUUAAUAAUAUCACAGAACCAGUGCCAUUUUACAACUGCCACUAAUUUUAUAGUUCGCGUUAAAUAAGCUGCUCCUGUUGGUGCAGUAUUGUUACAGACAAACGAACGAUAUUUACGUACAGUCAUAAAAUACAAUACGUGAAGUAGCUCGAUCUUUCGAAAUCGAAAUAAAAAGUAUUUAAACCGAAAUUAUCUGACAAUCGUGUUUGUUACGCUGAUGGAACAAUCCUGAACACUUCGAAUCAGUGAAUUAUUCGUCGAGUGUUGAUACCUUCCCUAAAAGUGUUUUGAAGUUUUCGAACAAUCGGCGCGAAUUUCGAUAACGAAAAAACGUUACGAUGUCGCGUUUUGUGGGACGCGCUGCAACCGCGGCGGCAUGCGUCGCUAUCGUGCUAUUGGUCGUUCUCCUCGUGAUUCUUUGGACCGGUGUCCGUUUCGGUACCAUUUCUGGACCGUCCAAUCACCGCGACCUUCUCAACGAAACGGUCACACCUCAAGGCCGCGAGUUGUACAAGGAAUCGGACCGACCACCGGAAAUCGUCACUGGAGCUUCCAUCGCCUUCGAUCGACCGCAGCACCGCUUUGGCGUGAAACCAAAGACUUCCGCGGAGGCCGAAGACUUGAACGACAAAGAUGGCCAGCAAUCAGUUGAGGGCAUCGAAGGCUACGGACAACAAUUUAAAAACCUAACUGCUGCGGUACACAAUGUGGAGAUGGUCGUACCGAAGAAGAUUCAUUGGAAUAUUUACGAAGACCCAGAGGAAAGCAAUACGGCGACCAGACAUCAUACUGGACAUUUCAGACACUCAACAGCCGAAGUGUGGGAUCCACAUCCACAGUACGAGUUCAAAGCAUUUGGAAAAGACUUUCACCUUCUGCUGUCACAGGACACGAGUUUCAUUUCGCCCGACAUCACGGUAACGCACGUGGGUGAAAACACAACGAGACGAGAACAGCUUGGACACCAAAUCGGAUGUUUUUACAGUGGUACCGUACAGGGCGAUCCAAAAUCGAUUGUUUCCGUCAGCUUGUGCCACGGAAUGAGCGGGCACAUCCGCACAUCGACCGGAAGUUACCUCAUCGAGCCGGCGGAUCGUCAGACGGCUGGACGAGGAUUGACGGACAAACCUGUCCUCCAUCAGAUCUACCUCGCUUCUGCAACGCGCUCCAAUUCUAACAGCGUAAAUCUACCGGACGACAGGGCAGGAGAGAACGAUUGUGUCCUCAUUGAUAACAUCGACGACGAGGCGCCGGCACUUUUGAUCGACGAUACUUCCGGCCCGAAGAUUUACGUCGGCGAGCAUCCCAGGCGGGAAAGACGUUCUAUAUACCGAAAUUCUCACGCCGAAGAAUCCAGAGAGGAUUACUACACUGACAGUGACGAUUUUGGGAGGGAUGAUGUCAGCGAGUUCGUCAGACACGGCGAUCAGCGGCAAUUCUUGGGGCAAUAUCAGCGGCCCCGUAACAGGUACUUUCCUAACGAACGUCGAAUAAAUCCUCUGCAGAAAUAUCAAAACUACGAAAUCGAGGAUCCUUUUAGUUCUUGGAGACCACGGCGAGCUCUUCCUCAGGAGUAUUUCAUCGAAAUAAUGGUCGUUGCCGAUGCGAAGAUGGCCGAAUACCACGGGGAAGGACUACAGAACUACAUUCUCAUCCUGAUGAGCACCGUAUCACUUAUCUACAAGGAUCCUUCGAUCGGGAAUGCGAUCAGCAUUGUUGUCGUGAAGAUAAAGAACACCACCGAAACCUUCGGUACUAAACAAAUAAACAAUGGAGGAAUACCUGCUAAUGAAAUGCUGAACACAUUCUGUUUGUGGCAAAAGCAUAACAACAAUCCCGAUGAAACAUCUCCGGAACAUUACGAUGCUGCACUUCUUCUCACAAGGGAAAACCUGUGUCACAACACACAAGAACAAAGAUGCGAUACACUCGGAUUGGCGCAAUUGGGAAAAAUGUGCAACCCGCGAUCAUCUUGCGCAAUUGUGCAGGACAAUGGAUUGGCAGCAGCGUUUACCAUCGCUCAUGAAAUUGGCCACGUAUUAAGCAUGCCGCACGACGAUGAUAAGAACUGCCGGAAAUAUCGCGGCAACACGAGAAUUCACAACGUCAUGUCGAGAAUGCUGGACGACAACACAUUCCCAUGGGAAUGGUCAAACUGUUCCCGUCACUACGUCACCGACUACUUAGACUCUGGAUACGGAAAUUGCUUGCUGGAUGAACCGAGUGCCACCACAAUUCCACGCACUCAACGAUUGCCUGGGGAAGAUUAUUCCGAGAAUAAACAAUGCGAAUUAGUUUUUGGCGUGGGCUCUAAGAUAUGCCCGUUCAUGGCAGUGUGCAGGAGACUGUGGUGCACCGCGCCAGUCUGGGAUCCAGCACAAUCGUGCCAUACACAGCACAUGCCAUGGGCUGAUGGGACCGCUUGUGCCUACGGAAAGUGGUGCCACCGUGGAGAGUGCGUGUCUCGGAAGCAUCUCAAGCCGGUCGAUGGACAAUGGGGACCAUGGGGAGAUUACGGAGAAUGUUCACGAACAUGUGGUGGAGGUAUCAAGAAAAAAUAUCGCGAAUGCAACAAUCCGCUUCCACAAAACGGUGGAAAUUACUGCAUCGGCACCAGGGUGAAGUACCGCAGUUGCGGAACGAAAGAUUGUCCAUCCGACAGUAAAGAUUUCAGAGAAGAACAGUGUUCGAAAUUCAACAACAACAACAUGAAUAUUCGCAACCUAGCAAGAAAUGUCAAAUGGCAUGCAAAAUACAACAGAAUCUUACCCAACGAUCGUUGCAAAUUGUACUGCGAGGUAGAAAGUAAUCAGUAUUACAUGUUACGUGACAAAGUGAUUGAUGGAACGCCCUGCGGUCUUGAUACUUUCGACAUUUGUGUGAACGGUCGCUGCAAAGCGGCCGGCUGUGAUCACAUAUUGAAUUCAUCCGCCGAAUUGGAUACUUGCGGGGUUUGCAAAGGAGAUAAUUCAACCUGCCAAAGGAUCACAGGUUCAUACAAUAUCAGCCGUUACGGAUAUACCAGAGUGACCAAAAUACCUGCUGGGAGUAGUUACAUCGACAUAAGACAGCACGGAUGGCGAGGAUCGAACAACGACAGCAAUUACCUUGCGCUAAAAAAUGGUGAAACCGGAGAGAAUAUUUUGAACGGAAAAUACAUGGUGGCCCAUCGUAAAGUAAUCAUACAACCUGGGAUUACUAUCGAAUACAGCGGACCCGAAUCCGUGAUUGAACGUCUAAACAGCUCCCGGCCUAUUGCAUUCGACCUAAUUUUAGAGAUUUUGUCGGUUGGAAGUUUGUACCCACCACAAAUAUCGUACGAAUAUACGGUUCCGAAGAAUAUUCUCACCAGCUACACUUGGGUGCUGAGCGAUUGGACGUCUUGUAAUCGCGUCUGCCAAGGCACGAUGCGUCGCACACCGGAAUGUCGCAGUACCGAAAACAAGGAUGUUCUUCCGGAUGACUAUUGCAGAGCGGAGAGCAAGCCGUCCGAAGAAAAUCAGCCAUGCAACAUGCAUUGUACCGUCAGGUGGAUCGUCAUCAGCGAAUCUGAGUGCUCCAGUCAUUGCGGCCCAGGCACACGGACCGUUAUCUCUCAGUGCAUGUAUCAAUUUUCUGCCGGCACAAGGCCGAUAUCUGAACACGCUUGUGUUCAUCUUGCGAGGCCAGCCAGCCGAGAGGUUUGCAUAGGACCAUGCGACGAGGCUCAUUGGCUAUAUGGACAGUGGGGACACUGCAGCAAGACGUGUGGUGGUGGAAUACAAUUCCGCACAGCUACUUGUGUCGAUUCGAACAAUUAUCCGGUACCCGAAAGCAAAUGUGACUCUGAAAAUAAGGUGUUACAGCAAAUCUGUGAGCAGGGUGCAUGUCCAAAAUGGACUCUUGCGUUAGACUGGACGCCGUGCUCAGUCACAUGUGGCAAUGGUACACAAGAACAACCUUACUGGUGUCAGAUAGAAAAUCGUGUUAUAUCAGCCACAUAUUGCACCGAUCCGAGGCCCGUAUCCUCAAGAAUAUGCGAUAUGGGACCAUGUUUCAAAUGGCAUUCCAGCGAAUGGAGUCCGUGUUCCGUGAGCUGUGGGGAGGGAGUGUUGCGACGAGAAAUUACUUGCAGAAAUGUCAACGGCACUCCAAGUUCAGAAUGCGAUACUUUGCACGCACCACCGAGGACGAGAUUAUGCAAGCAUCAGCCUUGUCCUAUCCAGGUGAUAUCGACUACCCCAAUAACGUACGCUGCUGACUCUGAUGAUUUCAACAAGCAACACGAGAACGAAAUUGACCAGUUUCACCCUGGAUACACCUGGCGGACUGGAAGCUUUGGCAAUUGCUCAAAGCCGUGUAACGGUGGCUCUCAAAGUAGGAUGGUCAGGUGUAGCUCGGCUAUAUCGGGCGAAGUUUCCAACGAUGACUAUUGCGAUCAGAAACAAAAACCACCAACGGUCAUUCUAUGCAAUCAACACGCCUGCCCGCGAUGGAAUACUGGUGAUUGGAGCCAGUGCGCUUCUACGUGUGGUCCGGGAUUCCAACAUCGUCAAGUACGCUGUCAAAGUGAUCGCGGCGAGAUUCUACCCGAUAAAGAAUGUUCCGAAAGUGAAAAACCUUAUCAUGUUCGGAGGUGCUUUAAGGAAGCAUGUGGAGGCGCAAAGACACAAGGAUCGCAUUCCUCGAAUAUUCCGGGAUCAGUAAGGUGGAGAGUUUCGAAGUUCACCCCCUGUUCAAAAUCGUGCGGAUAUGGUACUAAAACUCGCAGGGUGGACUGCGUAGCAAAGACUGGCACAGCCGAGGUUACGGUUGAAGACCAAAAGUGCGCAGGGCUAAAACGGCGACCCAAGUCACAGAGGCCAUGUCAGCAAAGACCAUGUGCCUUGACUUGGCAGGAGGGACCCUGGACUGAGUGUUCGGCAGAGUGUGGAAAUGGAAUGCAAAUGCGAACAGUCACUUGUCAUCGAGUCAAUAAAUAUGAAUGGAUGGAUCCGACACCCGUCAAUGGCUGUCGAAUGAGUGAAAGGCCCGCAACUGAACAAACGUGCAAGCUCCGCGAAUGCGAUGAUGAAUAUUACUGGGUGGCUGAACCAUGGAGAAAGUGCUCCGCUACUUGUGGACGUAAAGGAAAACAAGUAAGAAGGUUAUUUUGUAAACGAAAAGAUGGUACAAGGGUGAAGAAUCGCUUUUGUCCCCGUGCACUGAAGCCACUGCGUAGACGCAAGUGUAACAUACGCCGAUGCGGUCUACUUUCAUGUCUGGAAGCUAAAAAGAAAUUCAAAACAAAUCAAGAUGGCGAGUAUUUACUGAUAAUUGGUGGAAAGAACAUGUCAAUAUAUUGUCACAACAUGACCGGAGAUCAGCCCUUGGAAUACCUGACCCUUGCAUCGGGUGACCAUGAAAAUUUCGCUGAAAUAUACGACAAAAGAUUGUUAGACCCAAGAACAUGCCCAUUCAAUGGUCAGCGAAAUGACAACUGUAAGUGUGCAAAUUACACCGGCUCAACCUCAGGCCGAACAAUGUUUAGAAGAAUACGGCUCGACCCCCGAACACUUAUCGUUGAUGUUGACGACUUCACAUUUUCCUGGACAAAGGGAUCGAAACGGGUCGAGUUUGGCAAAGCCGGUGAUUGCUACAGUUCAGUACAGUGUCCACAAGGCCAAUUUAGCAUAAAUUUAGUCGGUACUCAGCUGGGUUUGUCACCUACUCUAUCCUGGGUUAGCCAAGGAUCCAUGACGUCGCGAAUCAUCAAUAAAAUAAACCAACAGAAGGUUGUGGGAAAAUGCGGAGGAUACUGUGGGUUCUGUAAAUUACAGACCGGCCUGAAGCUGGAUGUUUUACCUCCUUAGUCAAAGCGUCAAGCUUUCCGAAGACUGCAGAUGGCAUGAGUGCCAGGAUAUGCCAAUAGAAUUGGCAAUGUUGCUGCCUUUCAUCAUUGCCACACCGAGUGCCUUUAAACCUCUGGCUCUGCGCUGGGACCAUUAAAAAAACAUAGCUAUUCAACUGAGUGUGCAGCACCUCUAUUUCCGUAUUGGAAAUUGGGGGGGAAAAAAAAAUGUCAAUGACGAAA